GUACUGUUUAGGGGAGGAGGGAAGGCGCGGACGUUGCGGUCGAAGCGGAUUUCGGAAAAGUUUAUUCUGCCCCUGCCAGGCACUUUCCCGCACUUUUCCCCUCUUCAAUGGUCUGCGCUUUCUCUUUCUCUCUUUCUCUCUUUCUCUUGGGGUGGAGUGACAUUUCGCUGACCAGUCAGUGUCUCUUCUCUACUUCAAAGAGUCUGGACUCUCCCACCCCUCAUAGUCUUUCAUAGUUUACAUCUCUUCCGCUUUUCAAACAGCAGCCGCAGAGUUUCAUAGCAAAACCCUUCCAUCCUGAAGGAUUCCCUGCACGCACGUGGCCGCCGAUCUCUCUCCGCAUUCGAUGACGUCGACACCCUCAAUUCCCGUCGGUUCCAAUGCCGUGGACUCGGGUUCGUCGACGGACGGACCCCUUAGCGCCGACACAACAACCACCCAACCUUCGACGCCGUUGACCACCGACACGGCGUCCACCGAACCCCCGCGUGCCACGGCGCCGACCAGUAUUCUAUACCUACUCAACCCCGCCCAAGAUGACGCCGUAGCACCGCUCCAAGUCGAUAACGAGAUUGAAAACGCCGCCGCAGAUAACGAUUCCGCCUACGGCUCCGACAGUGGAACCGCCUACACGGGCUCCAUCUCCUCCUCCAUUUUCCACUACCAGUACGAGAAUGGCCGCCGCUAUCACGCCUACCGCGAGGGGCAGUAUGUCCUCCCCAACGACGACCAGGAGCAGGAGCGUCUCGACCUGCAACAUCACAUCUGGCGUCUGCUGCUCGGCGGCAACCUCUUUACCGCGCCCCUGCCACCUCCCGACCACGAUGACGCCACCGGCAUGCGCAUCCUCGACCUCGGCACCGGCACCGGCAGCUGGGCCAUAGACAUAGCCGACGAGUUCCCUUCCGCUCACAUUUACGGCGUUGACCUCUCGCCCAUCCAACCCGAAUGGGUCCCCAUCAACUGCAAGUUUCACGUCGACGACUAUGAGGAUGAGUGGACGUACCGUGAGGACGAGCGCUUCGACUACAUCCACGGUCGCGCCCUCAGCGGCACCUCGUCCGACUGGGCAAGGUUCUAUGGCCGCGUCAUGGCCGGCCUCAAACCGGGCGGCUGGGUUGAGAUGCAGGAGUACGACGCCUGGAUCUUCAGCGACGACGACAGCUUUGACAGGGCCGUGUGGACCAAGGAGUGGGUUACCAAGCUGGACGAGGCGAGUAAACUAUACGGCAAGCAGCUGAACGUUGCAAAGUACCACAAGCAGUGGAUGAUUGAAGCCGGUUUCGAGGAUGUACAGGAGCUCGUGUACAGGAUACCUAUCGGUCCUUGGGCCAAGGAUCCAGCCCUCAAGGAGCUCGGCCGCUACGAGUUGGCUCAUAUGCAGAUGUCGGUUGAUUCGCACACGCCGGCUCUCUUCACUCGGGUGUUGAACUUCAGUCAGGAUCAAGCCAGAGUGCUGAUGGAGGGCGUCAAACGAGAGUUUAGGAGCAAAGACUUCAGGCUCAUCACGUCUUACCGCUUCAUCACAGGGAGGAAACCGAUUGCAUAAAAGAGACGUAUGGGUCAGAUCCAUCCUUUGGGUUGCCUUGAGAUGUGCCAAGGAUUGAGCGACUGAGGAGUUGGGAAAUUCUUCAUUGGAAGCCAGUAGUCCUCCAGAUCAACAAACACCCAACAAUGUGUUUACUUUUUCUUUUCUUUUUGCUUUUCUUUUUUCUUCUCUCUCUUUUUAUCCCCAAUUUACCACAGCGAGUACCCUCCCGAGUUCCCCCAUUUGUCUGUUACCAACUACGUACACCACUCUUGUAUUGAGUCGGUACUCAAUAAUCGUAGCACCCACCCAGACGAUCAACUAUAAAGGACUACGAAGUACUACGAUAACGACAAUGGUCUUUACACUAUACUGUAGUUAUUUUAGAAGUCCAAGUCCUGGCUCUAGGCCUCAAAAUUUAGUGGAAUACUAAAACCGCUCUGUGCUCGCGGGCAUCAGUAAGCGAACUUUGGCCCACAGGUGGUAGCGCUAUGCUGGUGCUCCACUAACUG